AAAUAUGUCAAACUAAUGUCUCGAACAUACCGGUGCCGUAAAGAGUAAAACAUACCAAAACAAUAUGUUUUUAUCAUUGCUGCUACACACAAACUAAACACAAUCUUCAAAAGUUUAUCUUUGUUGACAAAGUUUGAGGCCGAGCAAAGCAAAACAAAAAAUCUUUCCUGAUAGAUCGGAAAGACAGUCUAAAAUAUCCUCCUGGCCGUGACAGUCCAUCCGGUGCUGGUUUCAUAACUGCUUGUUAUCAAAGCAAUCUGAACACUUGCACUAGGCUAACAGAAAGUGUUUGUGGUUUAAGAAAAACUAGUAAAUAAAAAGAAGUAGGCCUAAGCUUUUCAGCUCGACAUCAUGAGUGGAUAUUUGGCUCGAAACUACGGCAGUCGCUACAUAUCUAUACUCAGCCGUGUGUGGUCAGGAAACUCACAGCUGAUGAAAAAUUCCGAAGCAACAUUGAGAAAAACACUCGAAGCAAAGUUCCCUCAGGCAAAGAACAUUGUCGUUAGCGACAUUUCCGGAGGAUGUGGAUCGAUGUACGAAAUAUACGUCGAAAGUAAAGAAUUUAAAGGUCUGUCGACUGUUAAGCAACACCGGUUGAUCACGGAAACUCUCAAAUCGGAAAUUAAGGAUAUGCACGGCCUGCGGAUACACACAUCGAUAGCUGAAUAAUUGCUACACAGAAAUUGGCUAACGUUUGCUGUAGCUGAGCGCUAUAGAGCAAAUAAUGAUAAUACUUCUACGGAAGCAACGGUGCAAAACGUCACUUUCAUAGCAAAAAAACAAAAAUAAAAUGUUCUAAUACGUA